CAAAGAAGCAACAACCUUUAGCAUCUGAAGCUAACUGGCUAACGACCAAGAUGGAGAACCCCACCGCGGCGGAGCUAAUCUCUCCGGGGUUUUCUCGGUGCUAACGGACAGGACGGGACGAACGGACCCGGUUUGAUACACUUUGUAUUUUAAUAGGUUGUUUUAAUAAUAGUUGGUGUAGUUUCGGGGCGGUGUUAGCUCGUUAACCGUCAGCUAGUUCUCGGCUCUUCGUCUCUUACAUAAAAACAACGGCCGAUGAGCUGCAGCUGACCCGAGCUCAGACCGGAUUUAUGGCUCUGUAUCUCAGAUCGCUUUAUUUAAGCCUGGACUGUAUGUGUUGUUAACUGUUUUAAAAGCUAGACUCGGCUUCUGUUGAGUUUGAACAGUAUCUCAACACCGAGUUUAACGCGACAGACUAAAAGGAAAUUAAGCUUCUUACUGUCUCGCUGAGCACGGAGGACUUCACCCAGCGGACUCACAAAACACUGGACAUAUUUUUAUUAAAGCAACAAAAUCUGUCAAGUUUCAGAUUGUGUGUUAGAGACGUUUCCAGAGGUGUGACAGGCGGCAGGCUCCGGUCAGUGUGACCGACCUCCGGGCAGCAGAGCCGGUGCUGACCCUGCAGAGACCCUGACACAGACCAUGUUCCACAGGGGACCGUUGGUGCGGGUCUGUGGCUCUCAGUGAGUCCUCACAUGCUGCCCAUGGCUGUCAGGGGGAGUCGGGCUCAGUCGGAGGUUUGGGUUGAUCAGAAGUUAAUUAACACUUUAUCUUAUUUUGGGCUAUGAUCUGAGAUCAGUGCGGGGACUCAGGUCAGCUCCUGCCUGACUCUCAGUGAACCUCUUCAUCAUCUGUCUGAGUUAAAGAGGAAGAGGAGGAUGGAGACAGGAGUCAGGUCUCACCUGGGCGAGAUCUUCGUCCACCCGCUGUCCAACCCCGGAGCUGCGGGGAUCUGUCCCGAGAUGCUGGAGGUGGCGGAGGAGGCGAGCCGGGCCGGAGACUUCAGCCUGGCGGUGGAGAUCUACAGCUCCCAGCUGUCAGACCUCCAGCAGCCGGACCGGGGGCUGUGUCUGAGGAAGGCCGACUCUCUGGCCCGAGCAGGCCGGGUAGCUGAGGCUCUGGACUCGUACUGCACAGCGGCCAGCCUGGGCAAACUGAGGCCGGAGGAGCUGUCCCUGCUGGUGGACACCAUCGGCCGGACCCUCCGGGAGAAGGACCUGGGCAUCACCGGGACGGUAAACGGGCACGGUAAAGGCUGCAGCAGCAGCAGUGGGGAGGACGGAGGGGACAGUGAUGGGGAGUGUGGAGAUGAUGAAGCUCUGGACUUGUUUUCAUGUCGCCUCUGUAAGUGUCUGCUCCAUGAGCCCACCACCGUGGAGUGUGGACACACUUUCUGCAGGCGGUGUUUGGAGGGAGACUCGGUCAGAGAGUGUGUCCGCUGCAGACACAAGUUCAGCAGGAAGGAUGGACUCAGGUUGGAUGUUGUUCUCAGCGGGCUGCUGGACAAACUGUUUGAUACGGAGAGCAGAGCCCGUAGACUGUGGACCGAGGGAGAGGCCCUGUGGAAGAUCCAGAAGCUCCCUGAGGCCCUGGAGAAAUAUGAUGCAGCAGUGGACCUGGCUCCCUCUUCAGGCAGACUGCUGUGCCAACGGGCCAAGCUGCACAUUGAGAUGAGGAACUUCAGUCAGGCCGUGCAGGACGCCAGCUGCCUCUGUCGGAUCAAACCUCUGUGGCCAAAGGCUCACUGUCUGAAGGCCACGGCGCUGAGUGAAGCCGGCAGGAACGAUGAGGCCUUACAGGAAUAUUUCAUGUGUGUGGCUCUGAAGCCGGACUGGACCAAAGUCAGACUGGAGGCUCAGAAGGUCCUCAGUGAGGUGUUCUCCUCUGUCUUUGAGAAUGAAGACAUGCCAACGCCGCUACACCCGCUGCAGGGGGGGCUGGCCACACGCCUCAUCAAACCCCCCGCCCUGCUCCGGUCCCUGAGGCCCCUGGCACAGAAACCUGGCUCCUCCUCCUCCUCACAGCACUCAGAGUUCAGUGUGACUAAAAGCGCUCCGGUGGACAACUCCAGACUCUCAGCUGCGUCUCCUGGUAAAUCGGACCGUGCUGUCGGGGAGGGGAGCACCAAGAGCCUGGCUGACGUCCUGGCCACCCUGCCACCGCCCCCUGGUGGCCUCAAGAGGAAACACAGCGGGGAUGGACCCUCAGCCAUCUUCAACACGCCCUCCAAACUGCUCAAACCUGACGAGGCGAGCAGCGUUCAGACGGCCGCAGUGAACAGAGGGAGGACGUUUCCUGCUAAGCUGUUGGACAGUGGAGACAUGGAGUGUUCACUCUGCAUGAGAUUGUUCUACGAGCCGGUGGCCACUCCCUGCGGACACACCUUCUGCAUCAAGUGUCUGGAGCGCUGCCUGGACCACAACCCCAACUGUCCUCUGUGCAAAGAGAACCUAUCCGAGUUUCUGGCCACCAGGGGCUACAAGAAGACCCUGCUAAUGGAGGAAGUGCUGCAGCGUUACCUUGGAGACGAGCUGACUGAGAGGAAGAAGAUCCAUGAGGAGGAGAUGAAGGAGCUGUCAAACUUGAACCAGGAAGUUCCCAUCUUUGUGUGCACCAUGGCCUUCCCCACCAUCCCCUGCCCGCUGCACGUGUUUGAGCCGCGCUACCGCCUCAUGAUCCGCCGCUCCAUGGAGACAGGCACCAAGCAGUUUGGCAUGUGCAUAGCUGACGAGCUCAAAGGUUUCGCCGACUAUGGCUGCCUGCUGGAGGUCAGAGACGUGAAGUUCUUUCCUGACGGUCGUUCAGUGGUCGACACCAUCGGCGUGUCACGGUUUAAGGUCCUCAGCCACGGCCAGAGAGAUGGCUACAACACCGCCAAGAUCGAGUACCUGGAGGACAAGAAGGUGGAGGGGGAGGAGCUGGUGGAGCUCCUGAAGCUUCACGACUCUGUGUAUGAGCAGGCCAACAACUGGUUUACCUCCCUGAAGGACAACAUGAAGAGUCAGAUUCUGAGCCACUUUGGACACCUGCCCAGUAAAGACCCCGACCCACAGGCCAGUCCCAGUGGACCCGCCUGGUGCUGGUGGCUGCUCGCCGUCCUUCCUCUGGAGAAUCGAGCCCAGCUCACCAUCCUGGCUAUGACCUCACUCAAAGACCGCCUCAUCGCCAUCCGCAGGGUCCUCAUCUUCGUCACGCGCAAAAGGCCGCGAUGAUCGCCUGACCGCUCGGGGAGGACGGACCAGAACCCCCCGGGCUUCUAUGCAGUUCAACAGUUCAUUCAUUUAUCUGUUCCGUCAUUCAUUCAGCCUCUCAUUUUUACAUGUGUUCACUUGUCAAUGCCUCGCUGUCAUGCAGCCUCUCUGAGCACAGAGCAGAUCGUGGAGAGCGUCAGGUGGGCAGGGUGCUGAUGUGAGGACGUUCAUCCAUUCGUCCCUCCUCACAGGACGAGUCAGGCGCCACCACGUCUCUCACCUGGCGUUCUCUGAUGAGUCUGACGUCGAAUCAGUUUCACUUCCACCUUCAGAUAAUGACCUGACUCUGUUAAUGAUGGAUCAAACGUCACAGACACAGUGUGAGGUUCUCUAUGUUUACUCUGCAGCAUUUCACUUAUGUGUGCUGCUGCAGAGCCACAGAGCUGUGUGGUUGCCGCAGAGCCGUGUGGUCGCCGCAGAGCCGCGUGGUUGCCACAAAGCCGCGUGGUCGCCGCAGAGCUGUGUGGUUGCUGGCUCCACAGCUGUGUGCUGUGUAGCAGUGUGUAUCGGACAGUCCAGUCCAAACAGGAAGUCACCUCCUGUUAUAUGAAGCAAAAACAAACCCAGACAGACACUCACUCAGUGAAUGUACCGGUCCGGCGCUGUCGUCUCUUUCCUCUCUGUAUGAAGCCGCUUGGCGAGCUGAACACACGUACGUACGUACACCAGCUGCUUUGCCCUCAAUCUUCCUGACUGAGCCAAAACUCGUGUCCUAUCUGCUGCCUCACCGGGCCGGUGGGCGUGUACCUCAAACUGUCUGAUAGAAAGUGAAGGGCACCGUGAAAUCAGACAGUAAUGGCGCCCGUGUUAACACACACACACGCACUGUGUGAGGACAGGCGCGUCUCUUUGGGCCGUCACAUGUAGGAACACACACACACACACACACACACACACACAUGCAUCUCCAGCUCCAGUCUGGGUCUGGAGCCUCCUGUCCUGUUGUAGCAUAUCUCUGGGACGUCUCACACACACACACACACGCACACACACACAGACAUAGUUUUGGGGGGGUUGAUUGUACAUUUUCUUGUCGUAGUUUUAUUUUCUGCCCUGAAGUGUCUGUGAAAGGUGAAAUGUUGAGUCGGGUGGUUUCUGUGUUUAUCAAUGUAACUCUGAGGCCUUUUAAUGUUUUAUUUAAGGAGCAUUUCACCCUCUAUCCUUCUAUCUCUUCCUCUUCCUCUUCCUCUUCCUCUCAGGACGUUUACGUGCACGCUGUCACACAGGUACAGAACAUAACGCUGACCUGAGGAGUCGUGAUCACAGUGAGACGCCUCUGCACAGAGCAUUAAGAUGAGUUUCAGGUGAUCAGAUAAUGUUUGAUUCAGGAUGUUUAAACAGAAAUGUAUAAUGAGACUGUUAAAAAGGAAGAAAUCACUCGUACAGAAUUUAAUCUGUAGAAGAUUAAACAUCUGAAAUAAUAAUGUUAUUAAUUAUCAGAGACAUUUAAAAUCAUUAAUCACAUCUUGCAGUCUCCAGAUUGUAUUUGAAUGCCUCUGAAACGUGGCACUACUCAACAAAUAAAAUCAAUCAUUGUCUGUGGGUGAACACAUUAAACAGUGACUGAAAUAAACAUGAAGGAGUUAGUAUUUCAGGAACUGACGAGUGAGCGUGGAGACGUUUAAUCUACAUCACUGUGUGUCAUCGUGAACAUACAGGAUACACAGAAUAUAUUGAUGACAGAUUAUGAUCUGAUCGAUCAAACCUCCUCAGAGGUGAUCAGAGACACUGUGAACACAGGUGGAAAUACAGCUGUUUUCAGUCUGAAUAAACAUAAUCAUGUAAACUCAGCAGCAGCUCUCGAUCAGCUGAAGCUGCAGCUGCUCGGCCCACAGCCACCAGCACCUCUGCAGAGUCUCCCUCAGCUGUGAUUCAUCUUCCUCUCUCUCUAUGGUCACAUCAGCCUGUCUGAUCCUCACUGUCCUCCAAAUCUUCCUGACUGGAUCUGAUAACAGAGAAAACUAUGUUAAAAUAUGUUAUUGUCUCUUUAAAUACUGGAACACAGACAGUGUCACGACUGUAAUGAUUUAAAGGUUGUUGAAAGGUGGGACUGUUUGAGCUGAACAGCGCCUCCAGUGGUAAAACUUAAAACUGGAUAUUUAGUCACAUGUUGCACAGUAACGACUCUCAGUAACGACUCGUUAACGACUCUCAGUAACAACUUGGUAACGAGUCUCAGUAACGAGUCUCAGUAAGGACUCUGUAGCCUGACAAGUCCUUGCUGGAUUUCUGACUGCUGGUGGCGCUGUAGAGAAAUAUUUGUGUGACUGACUUCCUGUUUGGUCUGUAACCUAUGAGGAGCACACAGGUGACCCAGGACAGGUUCCUGUUGACGCUCUUUGGCUGAUCAGUGAUUGGCUGUGGUCACAUGUUCAACACGUCGAUACAAACGUAGUAUAAAGUGACUAGAAGAAGAAAAAGAAGGAUGUUAGUUGUUUUUCAGUUAGUUUAGUUUGGAAACACUGCCUCUGUGUUUGAACCUUAAAUACAGGAUGAAUGUUAAAGGAAGUGUUUCAACUCUGUGUGUGAGUCAUCAAAGUCCUGACGGUACCUGCACAGAGCGACGAGCAGCAGCGUUUCAGGUGUGGUCAGCUGGUUCAGGUGUGUCCGUAUGACAGCUGUGGUUGUGAUGGCAUUGUCGGGCAGCGUGCACGUAAACGUCCGUGUGUCUGUGUAUGAGUCUGUCCUUCCAGAUGUUGGUGACUCGUCUGCAGUCACUGGCUCUCUGUCCGUGUGGGGACGGGGUUCACAACGUGCUGCAUUUCCCUGGUAUAUUUGUAAAGGGAGAUCUUAUACCUACUUUUUUAUUGAUAAUAAAGAAAAUCACUCAUUCUGA